AUGUCCUGCGGCGACCUCUUCCUCGGCCUCAUCGCCAUCUUAUUCCCUCCUAUUGCAGUAUGGAUCAAAUCGGGCCUCUGUUCCGUCGACUCCCUGAUCAACAUCCUCCUCUGCAUGUUGGGCUAUCUCCCGGGCCUCCUGCACGCGUGGUACAUCAUCGCCCGCCACCCCGAGCGCGACUACGACUAUGAAGUGCUACCUGACGCGGAACGCCAAGGCGGCCAGCACGGCGGACGAGUCACAUAUUAUUAUAUUCGGCAUGAACCACGACGAGAUUACGGCACGCAAGGGCAAGGCCAGGGCCAGGCACACAAUCGACCUGCUCCGCCUCCGCCGAGUGGCCAGGGGAGCAAUCGACCACCUCCACCGCCCCCGGCGAGCAACGGCAGCCAGAGUCAAGGCCCGCACGUGCCUGAGGGCCCGAGCGUCGGCGCAGGAAGUGACGAGCCUGGCGCGCCGCCGAGCUAUUCAGAGGUUGUGAGGGGGGAUAAUAAGAUCCAGACACAGGAUUAA